UUUCUUGUAAAUGCACCCGCUUGUCGUAUACCGGAUAUCGACCCGUUUGAUACAUCCGUUGAAGAACACAUACGCAUGACCAAAAGAAUCCGAUGUACCGGGAAACCCUCCAUAACAUAUCAAGAACAGACGAUGUUAAGACUUAAUUGGACUGUGAUAAAUGGAUACUAUAAGGGAGACUUCUCUGAGUGUAAUUAUCAAGGAAUACGACGAGGCUCACAGAUGUCAGAUAAACAUUUUAUAUACACCGAACUAAGUCCGCCGUUCCAUGCAGACAUUAACAUGACUGAAGAAUUCAUACGAGUUUAUUGCUUCAGUCGUUCGGCUGGUAAAAUAUAUACCAAUUUUCAUUCCUUUAUAAUACCAAAACCAGACAGAGUUGAGGGGCUCAGGCGCAGGCUUCAGAAACACCUGUUUGACCAUCAACCCAAAGAACUGCUUAAUGUCAUCAUGAUAGGGCUGGACUCAGUUUCCAGACUUAAUCAUAUCCGCUCAAUGCCAUUGACAAGGACCUUUUUAUUGAAAAAUCUUUCUGCGGUGGAACUCCAAGGCUAUACCAAGGUGGCAGAUAACACGUUUGUUAAUGUAGUUCCUAUGACAACGGGAAAGUUUGUGGAGGAAUUGCCUUGGGACGAAAAUAAAAGAAUGGAACCAUUUGAUAAAUAUAAUUUUAUCUGGAAGAACUUCUCUGCGGCAGGAUAUCCGACACUUUACGCGGAAGAUGCUCCAAAAAUGGCAAUUUUCACUUAUCUGAAACGUGGUUUUUAUCAGCCGCCUGCCGACUUCUACAACCGAGCAUUUUCAAAUGCAAUGGAGAAACAUCUUUCUAUGUGGAAUAAUGACCACCAGUGUGUUGGUGAUCGACUGGAAACCGACCUAAUUCUUGAUUAUACUCGAGAUCUUGCUCGCGCUUUUCCAAAACAUCCACAUUUCGCUUUUAGUUUUAUAACGAGGCUUACACAUGACGUAUUAUCGAACGCUGUGUUGGCAGACGAAGUUUACCAUAACCGUCUGCAAGAAUUUGAACGUCAAGGAAUAUUUAAUUCUUCAGUUGUAUUUCUAUUCAGUGAUCAUGGACUACGCUUUGGAUCAUUCCGAGAGACCUACAUUGGAAAACUGGAAGAACGGUUACCGAUGGUUUAUGUCAUUUUUCCAAAAUGGUUUUCCAAAAAAUAUCCCGAAAUACAUUCAAAUUUGGUUAAAAAUAUGAAUCGAUUAACAACACCUUUUGAUAUUUAUGAGACAUUGAAAGACAUCUUGUAUUUUAGAGGACGACCUACGGGUUUUGUUGACGUCAAACAAAGGGGAAUAAGUCUUUUUGAAGAAAUCCCAAAAAGUAGGACGUGUGAUCAUGCUGGUAUCUUACCGCACUGGUGUGUAUGUAUGAACCAAAUGGAACUCCCUGUAACUGAUAAAUUUUCCAGAUUAAGUGUAAAAUAUCUGGUAUCUUAUAUAAAUAAAAAGUUGUCGCGAUAUCGAGAUAGGUGCGCUACUUUAGUGCUAGGUCACAUUAAGUCCGUACAUGUGGUUAAAAACAACGACCAAUUUGUGAUAUCAUUAUUCCAACUGUCUGUUGUGUUACUGCCAGGAGCUGGUGUGUUCGAAGCUACUGUCCGAUAUGAUGAAAAUACACGUCAAUUUGGAAUGGCUGGUGAAAUCAGUCGCAUCAAUAAGUAUGGACAUCUCGGUGAUUGUGUAGACAUGCCCAGAAUUCGUAAAUUUUGCUUUUGU